GGAGGAUUUUUUUUGUUGAAGUUUGAAAGAUUAUCAUGUAGUUGUUGGAUUUUUAAUAGUCGGGAAAGUGUGAGAGAGUGAGGCUUGUGAAGCACAAAAGGGUAGAGGCCAGAAUGGCUAUUACUGGAGAAUAAAAAUGUAGCCUUGUGACCUUUUCUUGUAUCCUGGUUUUCGAAACACAAGCAUUGGAUUACAAAACACUCUCUAUGGGAAUUAUUUACAGAAGGCACAAGAACCUGGAACAGCAGCAGCUGAGGUUCAUGUGCAAACAUCCGGGUUAUGACGGCAUGGAGGGUGUGCUUCCCCAUCAGCACUUCUGAUUAGUCACCAACUUCAGCAGGAAUGUCCUGGAACGAGCUUCUCAUAGCAUGUGAACACAUCAGCAGAAUAACAUGUUUAUAUUUCCUUUCAAGAGUUUCAGCAUCCCCUCUGCUCGUAUGCAGCUUUGUGCUUUAUGCAGCUCUGCAUAGAAGCACAACACAUUGCAACACAGUUUCUGUGAAGCCAUUUCCCUAGAAAACAGUCGAGCUCAAAUGUGUUUAUGUGCCAUAAAUCACUUACGACUUUGAAGUGGUGCACUGUUUCUUUUUGUAGCACAUUCCCUACUAUAAUCCGCUAUAUAAAACAACAGUGUCUGUCCUUGCUUAAGCUCUCGGCAGCAUUCCCUGCAAGCACUUCUCCCUAAUCCCAGUGUCUGCAAGACUGAUUUAAGCUAGGGAUCUUUUUAUACCUGAAUAUGUAGCAAGCACUCAUGUGUUUGUCAGUAUUUGGGGGCCUGUGGGCACAGCUGCAGACCAGAGAAACUGUUGUGAGCACCACAAACACAAAAACACAUUACAAGUACACACUGCAACCUACUCUCUUGGCUACAAAAAUACUGUUUUAAACCUAGCUUGGGGACGGGUGGAGAAAUGGACCGUGUGAGCAACAGGAAAGUUGGUUUAUUGGAUUUCUUACCUUUCAGCAUAAGGACCCCUGGUGGGUAACUAUAAAUAUAAUAUAAAAUUAUAAAAAGGUAAAAUUUUGAAAAUGAUAAAAACAACCAAACCAUUCCAAAUGCAGCGGAACAGUGUGAAUUCCACAAAAGAGGUGGAUCCCAAAAAACACAGUACCUAAAAUGUCAAAAGACCACAGUAGAAAUGUGUAUCUUUAGCAUACAACAAAAGCUGUACAAUGUUGAUUCUUCAGAGUAAGCUUUGGCGGGGGGAGAGGGACCAAGCAGCACAGCAGUAUCCUGAGAAAGGGAGCAGUUGGCUGUAAGGAGGCACUUCCACAAUUUAGGAACUGCCGCAGAGAAAGCAAUCUCUCAAACCACCAUACCCUACACUUCUGAGGAUAGUAGAAUUACACUCUUGGGACUUGGGUGGCGCUGUGGACUAAACCACUGAGCCUCUUGGGCUUGCUGAUCAGAAGGUUGGCAGUUCGAAUCCUCACGACAGAGUGAGCUCCCAUUGCUCUGUCCCAGCUCCUGCCAACCUGGCAGUUCGAAAGCAUAGCAGUAUAAGUAGAUAAAUAGGUACCACUGCAGCAGGAAGGUAAACUAUAUGUUUUUGUGCGCUGUUUUCACAGUGUUCUGUUGUGCCAGACACGGUUUAGUCAUGCUAGCCACAUGACCCAGAAAGCUGUCUGUGGACAAACGCCGACUCCCUUGGCUUGAAAGUGAGAUGAGCACCGUAACCCCAUAGUCAGGUUUGACUGGACUUAACCGUCCAGGGGUCCUUUACCUCCUUUUACCUUUAGAAUCACCCUCUGAAAAUCUUAACAUCCAAUAAGGUCAGUAGGAAUGAAGAUGGUCCUACAUAAAAGGCCUCUGCAGGUGCCACACGACAUGAUCUGUCCCCCUGUACAGAAUGCUAUGCAACCUUUCUGAUAUAAAGCUUUGUUAUGAAAUAAUAAUAAUAAUUUAUUAUUUAUACCCCACCCAUCUGGCUGAGUUUCCCCAGCCACUCUGGGCGGCUUCCAACAGAACAUUAAAAUGCAAUAAUCUAUUAAACAUUAAACUCUUCCCUAAACAGGGCUGCCUUCAGAUGCAUAAUACCCAAAUGUCUGUUUUGAAAUAUUGCUGUAAUAACUAUGUCAUAUACUGAACAUGUAUAGAAUACUUUAAGGUCUUUUCCUCUGAUGAGAAGUAGCUGAUUUGUAGUUAAUUUCCAGAAUGCAGUGGAGGAUUUAUUCACUGAUAUUAGCAGUGGUUUAGCUGGCAUCUUGGUCAGCUUUUGGCCUAGGAAUCCUUUUAGCACUCCUUCAGAGGAAAAUUGCCAUGGAGAUUAUUGGCUUGAAAACAGAGUAGAUAAACAUUUGUAGUAAUAGUGACAUGCUGGAGCCAUAGAGUCCCAUUGUGCAGCCUAUAUGGUGCGAAUGGCAAAGAGGUUUUUCUUUCCACUGCUGUUCAGUCCUAUGGAGUGCUGCUGCACAAAUCUCUUCCACAUGCCUGUUGCAACCCACACUGUACCUGUUAGAAGCAGAGUUACCUACAGACUGUUGUGACGUGUUUACUAGGCAUUUACAAAACUCCAAAUCAGUAGAUUGAUGUGGAUAUUUUAAAAAACCUUUAAAGUCUGUUUCAUAUUAUUCUCCUUAUUUUCCUUCUGAUUAUUAUGAGCAAAAACAGAAGUCCCUCGUUGUAAUUGACAGGACAUGUAGUUUGUCCCUGGCACAAACACGCCCAAACUAUUUGGAAACUCUCUUCUCUCUUUGGCGAUCACUCAUAGUCGAGUAAGAUUGUCUUCCAUAAACAUGGUUUUAUCAGUGAGCCCGUAAGUGACUGUGGAGAGAGCCAGUGUGGUGUAGUGGUUAAGAGCGGUAGACUCGUAAUCUGGGAAGCCGGGUUCGCGUCUCUGCUCCUCCACAUGCAGCUGCUGGGUGACCUUGGGCUAGUCACACUUCGUUGAAGUCUCUCAGCCCCACCCACCUCACAGGGUGUCUGUUGUGGGGGAGGAGGGGAAAGGAGAUUGUUAGCCACUUUGAGACUCCUUCGGGUAGUGAUGAAGCGGGAUAUCAAAUCCAAACUCUUCUUCUUCUUCUUCUGGAGGCCAAUUCUGGAUCCACACGUCCCCAGUGGGGACAUUGGUUUCUGGUCGGGAAUUGAUCACGGUGUGGAUUUGCCAAGCGUGCCUUCCUCUUAGCAUGUUUCUCCCUUGCAUCCUGAGAUCAAGUGUCUUCACAGCCCAUGACGCCUUUGGUAAAGGCUGUUCUCCAACUGGAGCGCUCGCAGGCCAGAGUUUCCCCACUUGUUAGUGUUUAUACUACAUUUUUAAAGAUUUGCCUUGACAGUCUUUAAACCUCUUUUGUUGACCACCAGCAUUACACUUUCCAUUUUUAAGUUUGGAAUAGAGUAGUUGCUUUGGAAGACGAUCAUUGGGUAUCCGCACAAAAUGACCAGUCCAACGAAGUUGAUGUUGAAGAAUCAUUGCUUCAACACUGGUGAUCUUUGCUUCUUCCAGUACACUGAUAUUAGUUUGCCUGUCAUCCCAAAUGAUGUGUAAAAAGUUUUGGAGACACUGUUGAUGGAAUCUUUCAAGGAGUUGGAGAUGGCGUUUAUAAAUGGUCCAUGUUUCACAAGCAUAUAGUAAGGUUGGUAUUACAGUAGCUUUGUAAACAAGCAUUUUGGUUUCCCUGCAUAUGUCCCAGUCCUCAAACACUCUGCACUUCAAUCGGGAGAAAGCCACACUCUCAGAGCUCAGGCGAUGCUGGAUUUCGGCAUCAAUGUUGGCCCUUGUGGAAAGAUAACUGCCUAUAGGAGAAGUGAGGCACCCACAGUCAAACAACUGGCACCUCUUAGACUAUGUUAUUGUCCGUGCUAAAGAUCGCCGUGAUGUGCUCCUUACCAGAGCUUUAAAUUUAUUUUUCUGUUGAAAGAGUGUGUUGGUAAUAACAAGAUUGUGUGCUGCACAUAUCGUCAAAAGUAAGAUUCCGUUCUGGUUGCUGUUGCCAACUCCUUCUUUCCCAAUAGUCCCAGGCCACAGAUCGAGAUCUCGCCCAACUCUUGCAUUAAAAUCACCCAGGAGGAUAAUUUUUUCUUCCUUAGGCGUCUCUGAUAGGACGGUAUCUAGCUGAGAGUAAAAUUUUUCUUUAAUGUCUUCAUUGGCAUCCAGUGUUGGUGCAUAAGAGCUUAUAAUAGUAGCCUGUUGGUUUUUGGAGAGCUUUAUUCAAAGGGUUGAGAGUCGCUCAUUAAUGCCAGUAGGGACUUCUGACAGGAGCUUCACAAGGUUGUUUUUGAUAGCGAAGCUUACCCCGUGUAUUCAAUGUUCUUGUUCAGAUAGACCUUUCCAGAAGAAUGUGUAGCCUCCUUUUCCUUCCUUCAGUUGUCCCUCACCUGCUCUUCAAGUCUCUUGAAGCACUGCAAUAUCGAUGUUAAAACGUUGCAGCUCUCUUGCAAUGAUGGCAGUUCUGCGUUCAGGACGCUCGCUGUCUGUGUUCCAUGUUCCAAAGUUCAAUUGUCUUUUACGACUCCUAGGUGGUGACCCCACUGGGUGCGGUAAUCCAGUCAGGGGGGAAAGGGAGGCAGACUAUGUUUAGGGCACCUUUUCUAGCCCCUCCCCCUUUUCAGGGUGAGCAGAGUGGAUCCUAAAAAGGGCUGCUCAGUCAUGGAUACAGCUGCUGAGCUGCUCAACUGCCUCAUUCCUUGAGUCAAAAUGACUGAAUCUGUAUCCACUGCCCAUGUGCCGGUUCAUGACUAAGGGCUUCUAGAUUUCACGAUCCUGCCCCUGUUACCAUUUGCCGAUUGCCAUGGGACUUUUGGGGUUUGGGUUGGGUUUUUGGAAGAUGCCUGCGCGUGAAUUUGUUUUAUGUGUGUAGAUCAGUGCACGCUGACCAACGCAUAGUCUUCGCAGUAGGGCUCUGUUCCGAUGGCAUAAAGUAGUCAUGACAAACCGGUAGAUUCCUAUCUGCUGCAGCCUUCAUCCACCUUCACAGCUGUUGUAACAUACCGCUUGUUAUCAUCCGCCUGUUUUGCCGUUCUGCCGUUGAGGACUUCUUGGAUCAUUCUUUCUCUAGCUCCUUCCCUUUGACCUUACCGCCUUAGGUGACCCUGCUGGGAGUAUGAGAUUCCCUACGGCUUCGCUCACAAGGGUCAUAGGAACAUGCAAGCCCACUCACCACGACAAGGUGAUGAUUCAGCAAGUGAGUGUUUGGAAACUAAAUACCCUUUUGUAGAUAUAUUUCCCUUAAGGAAUUUUUUUAUCACUUUAAAUGGAAAGCCCCUUCUGUAGCCAGUAGCACGCUCCAGUUGACACUUAGAAACAACAAACUUUAGAAGACCACAUUUUCUAAGUGUUUCAGAGGACAGGUCUAAUUAUAUCUGGAUUAGUGAUUCAGGCCAACUGUGUGACUGACUUGGGUGGUUCCUUUCUUUCCUUUAUGGACAUAAAUAGGGUUUGAUUUUCAGAGAUGGUUUUUGGACACCAUGGCAACUAUCAUGCGUUGCUAGAGCAUUUCUGUUCCAACUGGCUUUCUAUAGGAUCUGAGAAUCAUGUUAUAGUUGCUUGUAUUACUCCUGCAUACUACCGAAAUUUUGGUGUUUUUAGCUGAUAUGCACAAUUUUAUGUCUAACUUUUCAAGGCACAUAUAUUUAGCUGUUUAGCAUUGUGUAGUGCUGCCAUUUUUGAAAGGGCAUGGUGUUAAGCAAACAAAGAAACAAUAAUGCUUCCAGAUAAGCUUCUUCAGCCUUGGUAAGUAAUUAAGCUUGCAGUGUAGCAGUGGCCUCAAAGGUGGUCACCUUGCAGUGCUUGCAGGAAAAAUGAAAUUCCAAGUCCCAGAACUUCACAGGAAAGUUUUUGUAGUUGUAAUACCUUAUGUACCUUCAUUGCUCUGUGACACUUCUUUCUGUAAAAAAUUCAGAGAAUGUGAAAGUGUGGCAAAUUAGGUAUUUACCUGUUUACAUUCUGUUAAAAUUGAAUGGUAUAAGUUUCAAGUAAGCAUAAUUUAAAGAACUUAAAAUGGUAGGAGUUGGACAACUUGAGUCCUAUUGACAUUAAUGGGAGAAUUAAGUGCUAACCUAAAUCUCUCCACUAGAAUUUAAUGUGCUUAUCCUUGACCAGAUUAUGCUAAAUCUUUGCAGUUUCAUGUGUGUUUCUCUGAGGCAAACAACAAUACAUAUGCAAACAACUCUGUUUUCAUAUAGAACUUCAUUUUCUUUAAAAUUAAAAAUUAACAUUGGUAUGUUACCACUAAGAUAACGUCUCCUGACUGAGGCUGACUUCAAGGCUCCUUGAACAUGAUGAAUUUUCUGUGAAUAUGGGCUGACUCAGUCUUUGUACAAUUGGAUGUUGAGCUACAUGCAUUUGAAUUAAAUGUGCAAAACCUGUUUCCAACAUUGUUGUGAAUAAGGAAACCUAUGCUUAAUGAGGAGCUUUGUUUAUGCAUUAGAGACCUGUCAGAAUAAAUGUAUUAUAAUAUAAUAGUAGCAGUAGCAGUAUCAUCAUCAAUUUACUAAUCGUCUUCUGAACAGCAUUGAUGUAUACUGAAGAUAAUUAAAAACAGUUAAAAACACAAGAACAGCAAAUACAUUUCCAAAAAAAUGUAGCAGAAAUGCUAUGUAAAAUAUCGCUAUUUUUAAAGCAUUUGAAGGUGAGAACAGCUGAAACCAUUCCAAAUAAUCAGGACCAUGCAGGGCAUGUUGCGAACUCUACAUUUGAAUUGGUUCAACUGAUUCAAAUUUUGCCUGUGAAGUAGAUGGACAUUAUGUUAAGGCAGCCUAGAUUCUCUUGGUCAUGGCAGUUUGCUGGUGCGAUGGAUUUCUUUGCUGCUACCACUGUCACAGUAUAGUUUUGUUUGCUUUGUUGUACUACCUCUAGGCAAGUUGUCUUUAAGCCAGUGGUACACAGUGAUGGUGGGAGAGAAUGCCUGAGAGCAGCUGUGCCUAGCUAUCAAGAUCGGAGGACGAAAAUUAGCCAGCAUUUGGAAAGAUAAUAGGCCAACUGAGUAGUUCCACCACCACAAAAGAGGCAUAGGAGAUGAAAUAUCUGCACUCUCAGAAGGCAAAUGAUUCAGUUGGCACCAUGUGCAAAAGCUAGGCUACUGACUGGGGCCAGUCAGAGGGAACAUAUCUCAGCAGUUCUUAAACAGUUGCACUGGCUACUGGUCCAUUUCUAGAGACUGCUCAAAAUGCUGGUGAUCACCUCUUAAAGCACAAAUUAGUUUUAUAUGCACGCAUAUCAAGAAUUCUGUUGAACCUGCUUGAAUGCUCCUUUUUUCACCAGCGCCCCAGGUGAUGAGCAGGGAGAGGGCACUUUAUGUGGAAUGCUUGCCUAGCACUAAGUUUGAUGCCUUUCUGGAGCUAAAAAGCAGGCGUGAGUUAUCUUCUUCCUCUCUCCCAGUAUGCCAAUUUGUAGGCUAUAUUAAGUCAGUUGUCGAACACUCUUCCUCUGCUGAGCAGGAAUUGAGCAUGGGAACUUGCUAUUGAAAUUUCCAGUGUCUCUGACCUACCAGCAAGGCAAAGUACACUAAAGCCCAGUUCUGAAAUUGAAAUCCUGAUUGACUGCUCAUGUAGUAUGUUGUAAUGGGCUUCCUGACAAUACAAAUUAUAUGUCUCAUCCCAUCUAAUAAUGUCCAGCGACUAUACUUAGUUCCUUGUUUAAUCUGAAUCACAAAGAUUGGGAAACUAUAUAACCAUAAACAUGGGAGAAAGAAAUUGCAACCACUCUUAGCAUGGCCGUCUGUUUACCACCACCAAUUUUCCUAUAGAAAUAAAGCUGUGCCCUUGCGUCUGACUUUGAGGUUCCAUUGGCCCAAAGAAGGUGUGGAAUGCCUUCUGGAGACACAACUCUUGUUUCAUGAGCUUCAAAAAGUAGCCAAAGAUCAAGUAGCUAAAUUCAUACUGAACCUACAAAAGGCAACUUUUUCCAUAAGUGACUCUGACAAAGCACUGUAUUGGGUAGCUUGUCAUUGCAUCUGUAAAUAGGAUUUUAUUUACUGUGGUCAGCCUGACAGUGCGCCCUUAGACAAAGAAUGCUUUACAAUCCAAUGCAGGCAUCUAGAGGCAUUUAUUAGGGUGUGCUGCCAGCAGUAACCAGAACUGCCCUUUCUCACAUGCAGAUACCAGCUGAUGCCAUAUUCACAUGACACAUUUAAAGCACUAUGAUACCAGUUUGAACAGCCAUGUUGUCGUUUAGUCGUGACCCUAUGGACCAGAGCACGCCAGGCAUUCCCGUCUUCCACUGCCUCCCGCAGUUUGGUCAAGCUCAUGUUAGUAGCUUCGAGAACACUGUUCAAGUGUCCAACCAUCUCGUCCUCUGUUGUCCCCUUCUCUUUGUGACCUCAAUCUUUCCCAACAUCGGGGUCUUUUCCAGGGAGUCUUCUCUUCUCCUGAGGUGGCCAAAGUAUUGGAGCCUCAGCUUCACGAUCUGUCCUUCCAAUGAACACUCAGGGCUGAUUUCCUUCAGAAUGGAUAGGUUUGGUCUUCUUGCAGUCCAUAGCUUCCCCCAAAGAAUUCUAAGAGCUGUGGUUUGUUAAGGACUGAGCAGACAUGGGCAAACUUCGGCCCUCCAGAUUUUGGGACUACAAUUCCCAUCAUCGCUGACCACUGGUCCUGUUAGCUAGGGAUGAUGGGAAUUGUAGUCCAAACAUCUGGAGGGCCGGAGUAUGCCUAUGCCUGGUCCUGGGAGUUGUUAGGAGGCCCCUAUUCCACUCGUAGAGUUAAAUUCUCAGAGUGGUUUAACAAUCAAUCGUUCUUCACAGGGAACACUGAGAAUUGUAGCUCUGGGAGUGAAAUAGGGGUGUGUGGCCUGACUGCCUACUAUAUUGCUGCUUCCUUUGGUGAACAGAAGCUAGAACACUCUAUAUUCAAUCGGUAUAGAGGUUUCAAAACACACUUUUCAGUUUACUUCAAAGGGUUCCUUUUUGUGGUGGGAGCGGGUUGUCAAGGGUACUACGUGUGUGCAAAUAGCAAACCACUUUUCCUGGUGCUUUUGUGUGUUUUAUGCUUUAAUCUGAUAACUUGCAUGUCUCUGCACAACCUCAUUCCUGUUUUAACCAAUGAAGUGAAAAUGACUUUCACUUGGAAAAUGAUAUGGAAAUGUUAAUGCAGCUGAAAAUUCAGAGUGAGAACCCACUUGAGGUGGCAGGGAACAUGACAUUCCCUGCCCCACAGUGACUGUGCCUGCUGCUAUCCCAUGCAUCUCAUAGUAGUAAUUGUCACUAUCUAUUGGUCAUGGAAGUGCCACUAGGAGUCAAUACUAACGGCUGCCAAAAGUUCAUUAAUAUGGGGCUGUGAUGUGAGAAGGCUGCUCUUAUCUUGUCCCUGCUGAUUUAAUUUGGAGCAGUUAGUGAAUUUUUCAAGCCUGUCAAGCAUCCAAUUGUUUACGAGGAUGAUACUCAAAUGCUUUCUUGUGUUUUGCUUUUGUUGGCUAUUUCUUGUCUGCUGACCAUCUGCUGCUAAACACAAAUCUUGAGCUACUCUGCCUGUCACAUGGAAAGAAGGGACCAUGUUAGGAAAUGGCUUUCCUCAUUUGAGAACAUGCCAAGUAAAAUGUUCAUGUGCUGCUGGUGGUGCUGUUCCGAGAAUGAAGCCACAUUUACUUGGAAAAAAUGUAGAACCUCCCAUGAUGUCACCUUCUUAUGAUGUCACUGGAUCAUAAGAGGCUAGUGUAGAAGCAGGGGGGCUGUAUGCUAGCAGAGUGAGUGGUAGAGGUGGCCAGAAAAAUAUUAGCCAAAAGCUGAGCUUGGGUUGGUAAAGGUAAGAUGAAAGUGUAAGAUGAUAAAUGUAAGUUGUCAUUAUUUUUUUCACGAGGCUGGCAUAGCAAGCAAAAGAGGAGAAGGUAAGGCUCCAAACUAGUUGGGCAAAUAAAGGUUAAUAACUGGGUAGUGGUUGCUGCUCACGUGACCAUAAAAGUGUUGGCUUCUGGACAGUGCUUGCCGCCUAGGAGCCUGUCACAGUAUUUGGAAUAAGGUGUGACCUGUUUAUUCGUGGAAUUAGCCAAUCAAAAUAGUACACUGUGAACUUCAUUCAAGACAAGCAGGCACUUAAGAUGUGUGUAAAUAUACCCUGUACCAGAGGGACUUAACAGGAGCCACAAAAGGAGACUCAUAGACUGGAUUUCUUCAAGCUCAAAGGAAGACUGACAAACUUUCCUUGAGCAUUGGAUUUACACUUAAAAGAGACAAAAAGUUAGGAAUGUCGGAAGGUGAGGACCUUGGACCCAGCGAAAGCUGGGAAGUCAUUGAUUCCAAGUCUGAAUACAGGAUCAGGCUGAACCAGUGCAUAGAAGAAGCAAUGAUGAGUUUCUUUGUCUUUCUCCAAGAAAUGUCUCACUUCAAAGAACAGAACCCAGGCAAGUUUUGCCUCCUGGUCUGCAGUGUGUGUACAUUCUUCACAAUCUUAGGAAGUUACAUUCCUGGAGUGGUACUCUCUUACCUUCUAUUACUGUGUGCCUUCUUGUGCCCACUCUUCAAAUGCAAUGAAUUUGGGCAGAAAGUAUUUAGCAACAUUAAGCCGCUUCUGCUGAAACUGGACUUUGGCAUUUGGGACUAUAUCAACCAGAAAUUGAAAGAGAGAGCUGAAAUUAUAAGAACAAAGUUGGCAGAUGACAACAGUGAACUAGAUGUAUCAGCCUUGUGUCCUAAGGUUAGCCCUACAGUUGUGGCCAGAGAGAUGUCUGUAUCAGAUACAGAUAUAUCAGAAGUAUCUUGGACUGACAACGGGACUUUCAAUCUUUCUGAGGCCAACACUCCACAAACAGACACAUCUGAUGAUUUUGAUCGCCACGAGGAAGCUUUCGCAAAAGAUCUCGCAGAAUUUCCAUCUGUGGAAAAUGGUGCAGGAACAAAUGAUGAUGACGACGAUUCAAGCAUUGGCAUCCCUGUCCGUCAAGAGAGAAAAAAGGAACAUCUCUCUACCACAUCAGAUCGGCGUACCAGGCAGGAUAAGGAGGGGCACUCUGCAGCAGGCCUUUCCUUGCCAUUGAUCAGCGACCCGGCUUUCAGCUUAGUAAGAGCAGUUGCCGGAGAUGUUGUUACGUCGGUGGUGUCCGCAGCUGUCAGAGACCAGUUGCAGUCUGUGCAAGGUGACCCAAACUUAAGCGAAGAGACAGAUGCAGAGGAAGGCGAUGAUUUUGAACUGCUUGACCAGUCAGAGCUUGAGCAGAUAGAAAGCGAACUGGGGCUUACCAGAGGCCAAGAGGCAGAACCACAAGAAAAGAAGUCUUUAGGCUUCCUCUCAAACUUGCUUGGGGGCCAUUAACUGGAGCUGCUUAAUAGUAUAGAGAAAAUAAAAUAUAGACCAUGUGAAAUGCAAAAGAAAAAAAGGAAAAUGAUGAGCUGUAAGCUUUAUUAUUUUAGAUGUGCUGUUAUGUCCUCCAUGCAAAGUGUACUAACUUGUUGCAGAUCAGUUGAUGCUGGUAGUUUUGUUUCUGAUAGUGAUCCCAUAGAAAAGAAAAAUGUAUCUCAUUAUUUUGUAUCAAAGGAAUUUAAGAGGCAAGGUUUUCAAUAUAUAGAUAUAGAUAUAGAUAUAUAUAAAUUGCCAAAUGUAGCUCCCUCGUGGCUGUAACCAAAUCCUUUUCACCUCCAGCGUGUUUACUCUUUUCAAGUGUUUAGGAGCAAUGCGUCAGGGAGAGAAGAUAUCAACAGGAAUCAAGAAGCCAUCAUGUCCUAGUUACCUCCUAUGUAGCGGAAUAUCUAAACCUCCAAGAGUAAACAAAUGUCUGAUAGGCUCAGAGACUCUGAACCCUUUUGCAAAUAUCUCUGAUUUAUGACUCCAGACAUCAUCACUGUAACUGAUUGCCAUCAUUUGUGUUACCUAUCAACCAGUGUGCCUCCAGAUGUUUUGGGACUACAACUCCCAUCAUCCCUAGCUAGCAAGACCAGUGGUCAGGAAUGAUGGGAGUUGUAGUCCCAAAACAUCUGGAGGCACACUGGUUGAGAAACACUGACCUAUAUGAAUUCCCAGAGAUACUUUUCACACAGGACAGUGUGAUGCACUUAAAAUUUACUUCAGUUAUUGUAGGCCAUUAGCCUAACAGAAUGGCAUAAUUUCAUGCUUCAUGUACUCUUACUAGCUUCACAGCAAAAGGAAAGAACAAUACAUUUGAGGCAGUAUAUAAGUCAUCUAUGUGUAAUAUAUGUAUAUGCAGUGUGGGGUUGAAUUUGGGUUUGGGGCAAGGAAACCAGGGAGGUAUUCAGAAACUGAAUAGUCAGUCUCCAUCAAUUCUAUGCUCUUAGGACCUAAGUAUUACAUUGCAUCUAAAAUGAAAGAGAUUGACUGCUAUAUUCAGUUCCUCAAGAACUUCUGCUUGCAAAAGAAAUGUAGAAUAUUCUAUUCCUAGCAUAUAAGUAGAUGCUGUUGCCAUGAAACACUCCUAAUUUUAACAAUUUGCAUAUUGUGUGGCUGACUUUGGAUCAUCUUAAAAUGUAACUUGUCUUCUCAGCUUUGUGGUUUACCUUUAAAGUUGACAGUAGCAGGCAGUGCCUUAUCAAGGUAAACCAAAGUUUUAAAAAAAGAAAUACUGCUAGUUCUAAUAGUAUGUUAUAAAAAGCCAGCAGAUUGAGGGACCAUAUUGGCUGUUUUGAUUAAUCUCAAACUGUUACAGAUUUUUACUGGCAUUCUAACAGACAGACAUGGUUAUAUAGUGAGCCUCUAAAAAGUACAGCCCCGGUUUAUAGGGUGGUGGUCUUUUCCCACCAUAGCUUUCAUUUUCAAUAGGCAAUGUGCGUAGUAUCACUGCCCAAAAUGUUAACUUGGGAAGGGAUGUUAGGAGCUCAAUAUCCUUCUCUUCCCUCCUGCCCUACGCAAGGUGUUUAAGGAGACCCCAGACAGACAAGACCAAACUACCCUAAUGUCAGCUCUCAUUCCAAAGCAGCUUGGUCAACUAUCUCCAUACUUGGCUUGAUGAUGAUUUUACCUCCCAUCAGAUGGGGGCAUGAUGAAAUGGUUAUGCAGAAUGCAGGGAUUUGGAAGGUACUACAGACUCAAAUGGAUACUUGCUUAUUAUUGAUUCUGCUAGUGCCUGUGGUUUUAUAUAUCACAGACACAAGCAGAAUUUUUGUGUGUGUGUGUGUACGUGUGUACGUGUGUCUGCCAAGUUUUCUGUUGGUUAGGUCGGUGCCUUCAUUCUUCAGCCUAGAGUCACAUGGAUGGAAGUGGAUUUAGGCCAUGCAAAAGAUUGGAGACAAAAACAAUAAUAUUUACUCCCAAGUCCCACUGACUUUCAAGCAGGUUUGCUCCUUAGUGGGUCUAGGAUUGCAACAAAGCAAUUGCCUAAUGCAAGAUUCUGACAGUUGUUUCCAAUCAAAGAUGCCCCACAAAUAGUGUACUCACUAUCUCAGGUUUUUAUGUAGCUCUGGCUUUGAUGCCAUUGGGCAGUGCUCUUUUAUUUUAUUUUAUUUUAAGAAGUAGUCUAUGAACAAAUAAAGGAAUAGAGGAAAGCACUUCCACCCAAAAGAAUGCUGCUCCCAUAAAUAAAGAUAUGCUCAGGAGAAGCUCACAGUGACCUCUUCCCCUUGUUAAACAUGGGGUUCUUUUUUCAUGGUGGAAGUGCAGUUAAUCAGACUUUAUCCAUUCUAUAGAUACAUCCCUUCAAUCCUAAACACAUUUACUUGGGAAUAAGCCCUACUGAAUUCAGUGAGAUUUACUUCUGAGUAAGCAUGCGCCAGAUUGCGCAGUUAAAUAGUUGAGGCUGCUUAGGGAGAGAGCAGGGAGGGGUUUGAAGAAGACUUGUAAGAAGACUGGCAGAGCAUCUUCCUGGCUCAUACCAGCUGUGUUGUAAAAUGUAACUGUGUGCACUUUAUUGUUGUUUUUAGAAGAAAUGUUUCAGGGAUUUCCAAAUAUCCAAUACUGCGGUGGUACUCUUAAAAGGACUGAAGUUCCAAUGUUCAUCAUUAAAAGCAGCUGGUGGGCCUGCUUGAGACUUCCUGUAAACCAAUAUUUCUGGUAUCGAGAAAAAAAAAGUAUGAUCGUAAUAUUAUAAAAUAAAGCCCCAGUCCUGAAAACA